AUGGCUGCCGCGCCAACAAUAACUUUGCACCCUCAGCUCCCGACAUUUUCCGGGGAAGACAACGAAGAUUGUGACUUGUUUCUCACAAGACUCAAUCGCAUUUUGUCUGCCUACCCCGACCUCCCAGCAGCCCAAAAACUUUUUUGGCUUGAUUCGCAAUGCCGUAAGGGCCCGCUGGCUCUUAUUCAGCGCGAAAUCAAGCGCCUGGAAGCUGCAAACCCUCCAGUUAAUGACGAGGAAAAAUAUCAAGCGGUCCAAGAUUCCCUUCGAGCCAAUUACAACUCUGUAGAAGACAAGCAUAAAUUUCGAGAUGCACUUCAGCACCGCAUUAAGCGGGAGAAUGAGUCGUACCCUAAUUAUUUCCAGGAAGUCACAGAGCUUUGCUAUAAGGCCGGUAUUACAAAUGAGCGGGAGCACCUCCGCUACCUGCAUCGUGGCCUGCCGCGUCAGAUAGCAAACUGUGUACGACCAAAAGAGUACGACUCAACUCACACCUUGCUUCAGUUAGUGUUAGAAGUGGAGAGUCUGCAACGCGAAACUGCACGCACGCAUUCUCAGCCCGAUAAUGACAGUAAAAGUAUGCCUUCUCAACUACAGAGUUAUGGUUUUUCCCAACCCCCUCCCACCCCUGCAGUAGCACUGCCCCAGCAAACCUCUCCUUCUCCCGCAGAAGACACAAUUAAUAAAUUAAUUACAAAACUGGAAGCUCUAGUUUUGAGUGCACAGCCAUCAAUCAAUGCGGUCGAGACAGAAAACACUGCGAGCUCUCCCUCUGCCCAGGAGCGCCAGCACCGCCGCGAUCAGCCGCGACGGUCCGACAAUAAUAACAAUACUUACAGCCAAAACAGGGGUUACUCUCCCGGUUACCGCUCUUACAGCAGGGACAAUUCCAGAGACGGUUAUCGCGGCCCUCAGCGCGACAAUGACCGCUACCGCUCGUCGUCGUCAUCCCGCUUCCGGCAAGACGGGGGACAGCAGAAUAACUACAGGGAUCCUAGCACCAGCCCUUAUCGAGGGAACGGGUACAAUAGAAACGACGACCGUCGCCCGCGGAACUACCAGAAUAACUACAAUAAUAAUUACAACAAUCCCCGUAGAAAUUUUAACAGGGAUCAAAAUCAGUAUCAGCCUCGUGACCAGCAAAGUCGCACUUACUAUAGAUCAAAUGACAACAGGCCCCAGCAGAAUCAACGGCGCGUCGGAUUUGCCGAAUCAUCGGGUAGAGGUAGAACUAAUAAAACAAACCCCAGCCUGCGCACGCCAGGCCGUUAUCACGAGUUCGGAGAGCCAAAAAUCACUGACAACCCUAACUUCAAAGGUAGGUCGCGCUCCCCACGAUGCAACCUCUGUGAAGGACCACACGUGGACAGCGAAUGUCCUGUUGAAAAUUCAAUGCAACAAAAAAACUAA